AUUUAGAUUUUUCUUCUCUUUUUCUUAACAAUCUUCCUUAACCCAUUGAGCAAAUAUAAGGGGUAAAUUCAUAAGCAUAUCCGUUGCACAAUAUGACGAUUUCCCGCGCAAUUUAACCUUCUAACAAGCAAAAGUCCUUUCAAGAGGGAACGUUUGUAGAGGAGAUAGAAGAAUAAUUGAAUGGCCCAUCCGCGCGGUGUGGUGGAUGUGAGUUUGCUAUAUAAUAAAAAAAGGCAAAUGGUCCCAUUGACAUUUUCGUGCCAUUUUUGCCUUAUUCCUUGAACGCUCCCCCUUCAAGAUUUAUCCACCGCCACCAUGUACAGUGAGAGAGGAAUAGAGAAAAAAUGAAUUCCGUGGGUGCGGAAGGGCACUUUGCCGUUUGGCGCCACUCCCUGACUUGCCGUGUUUGUCCUUUCCCGCGAAACACCUCACAGAGCUAGGCGCUUUAGGCCACGGGAGGAGAGAAGAACUAAAUUAAAUGCGAAGCCAUCGCCUUCUCCCCCGCUUCCAACACAUACACACACCCAAGAGAAUGGCCAAAGGAGUGCCCGAUUGCUUCUUCCUGCACUCAGGCACCCCCAUACUCACCACCUAUUUAUAGACUCUUCGCGAGGGGUGGUGGUGGAUGGGCAUUGCUUGAAUGAUGAAGAAGAGAUAUAACAAACUCAUUUGCCACAGAAUAUCAAACUAAAUUAUUAUGAUUCCGAUAAAAUAGAAGAGUUUCCAGCAAAGAAAAAAUAAUCUAAAUGGAAUUAUUCGGUUCACUUUGCAAAUAAGGAGUUAAUUAGUGGUGCGAGAUAAGCAGAAAAUCACCACAAAUCUCUAUCAAAGAAGAAGUUUGGGAAGAAAAUGAUGAGAAGAAGAAUGGAGUUGCUGUUUUACAUUUAAAAAAAAAAGAAGUCUUCUACGAAAAGGUUAAAGUCUUGUUGAAAAUUUUAAAGGUUAACUGCAAUAUUAAGAGAUACUUUUCAGAUUACUCGAGGAUAAUGAUAUCGCGGAGUAAUUUGAGAAGUUCAAAAAAAUCAUUUGAAAGACACAAAAAUGUUUCAAAUAGAGCAGGUUUCAUUUAUUGUUUUUAGUCUGAAUUAAUUUUUAAUGGUUUUGAAGUUGAAAUUUCUUUUAAAUGGAGACCUCUGGUGAUUAUCAGGCUGGUUCAUUUUAUUCAAGACAACUUUGCUGAAUUUGCAAAGUAAAAAUCUGCAUAAAUAUUGGACAAUCUAUUAUGCUUAACAAGUCUAAUUUUAUCUGCAAUACAAUGGAGGCGCCUGGUGCGAUUCACUUGUUGGCUCGAUAAUCAUUUAAUUACUAUUCUUAAAAAAAACAUUUGAGAGAAAUAAAUUUAAGAACUUUUCUAUCGUUCAAUGACUUAGGGCAAAAUUCAUUAAUAUGGUCUGGCUUAUGUUUCUCAAAUCAGGCUUAAAUUUUUCGAGCUAGGCCUAGGUUUUUCUAAGCUAGGCCUAAAACUUAAUCGGGUUUAACUUUUUCAAUCUAUUCCUAAUUUUUUUCUAGGUUUAACUUUUCCUAAACCAGAUUUUAUUUUUGUUAAAUCAAACUUUUAUGGUUUAAAAGCUAGGUCAGGCUAAAUCAGGCUGAAUGUACUUUUACAAGUUUUGGAAUAUUCGAAAAUGACUAAGGGUUUAUUCUGUUCAUCUAAGGUCAUUAAAAUUUGUAAAAAUCUUCAUAAAAUGUAUUAAUUCUGAAUACAUCCUGACUUAAUUAUUAAUUUUUAGAAGUUUGUCUUUGAAAAACUUUAUCUAGGACCUUAAAGCCUAGUUUAAGAUAAAGACUAAACCGAAUUUAUUAGUGAAUUUUUCCCCCCAAAGACUGUUUUGGAUACAAAAUUGGGCCGAUUGAAAGAUACUUUAUUUAUUUUUAAUGAUUUUUUCAUCUUUGUCAAUGAACGUUUUACAAAAACUUUAAUGUUUAGUUGUCUAAAAAUCUUAAAUAAAAUUCAAGUGAUUUGAGUUAAGGUUUUUAAUUUAAUAAAUCUAAAACAGGUAAGUUAAAAAAUAUAAUUAUUUUUAGCAUUGUGCAUGAAAUAUUGAUAGUUUUUAUAGAAAUGUACAUCCGAUAGAUGACGCUGCUUAAAAAAACUACAAUUUUGAAUCCUUAGCCGUUACAAAGAAAGUUAAAGAAAAUGCAGCAUUUUCCUUCCAACAACAGAGCAACAACAGUCACAAAUUGAGGGAUAUUUUCAAAUUCAAACUGAAAAGUUCAAAAGGAGGCAUAUAGAGGGCAUUCGUGGGGCCGAGAAAGCUGCGAGGAUAGGCCGUUGUGUCCCGAUGUAGAUCCUGUGACGCAUAGUCCGCAGAAUGGGAGUUGGAGGUACAAUUGGGCGGGUAAAUUUGGGGGUGUCUGGCUACUGUACGCAUGCGUUUGGCUACCCCAGCCACCACCCUGGCACGAUGGUGGUGAAUUUGGGGGCUGAGAACUGCGCUGUGGCGCCUCAGCGUCGCCCGUCAUUCGCAUCGGGACCAUCGGUGCGAGUUGGUCGGUUAUCUCGGGCGUGAGCUGGCCGUGUGUUGUGUGCCCCCCACCCUGUUUCUCGUGUGACCCAACCCCCCCAAGUUUUUUUUUGUAAAAAAAACCAAUCUAUUCCCCCCUUAAGUGCCUCUCGAGCCCGCGUGACCCGCGGCGGCGAUGUGCUCGUGAUAGCGCCGCGGGAUGUCCCACAGCUGGUCGUGCCUCACGUGCACGCACGCAACUCGGCGUCGCUUUGGCAUUGCGUGCCUCAUAAUUGGGCUCGUGUGCUUAGGUGGGCCCCUAACGUAUGCCCAGCACGCCAGAUGCCACGCCGGUGACGCGAGUGAUAGUAAAAGUGCAAGAACGCCGGGCUGCCGGCGUCUCGUGCAACCCCCAAAGUGCCGUGACUGCCGCCGCGGCGCCUCGGACGCAUUGCGACUCGAGGCAAUUAAGCAGCAGAUACUCACGAAAUUGGGCAUGGCAGCACCACCAAAUCUCACGCACGCAUUGCCCAAGCAAUUGGCCAUGGAGACACUGUUCAGGGCACAAGAGGCACCCAUGGACACAAAACGUGCCCGCCGGCUUGCCGAUGAGCCCGACGAUUUCUACGGGCGUACGCAGGAAAUCAUUGAAUUUGCAGACAGAGGUGGUAUCAUCAACGGACAGCACCUGCUUGAGUUCUCCACGAAUCAGGAGCAACCAGCGACGCAGGAGCUUCGUGUCCGAACAGCCACCCUGUGGAUACGGCUAGACCUAAUUGGUCGGAAACGUAGUCGUCGCGACUCUCAUCAAGAAAUAACUCUCUGGGUCUUCCAACUACUAGAGGCACCACGAAAUACCUCCCGUAGUACGAUCCUACACGAUCAGGACUUUGAUCGAGUGGCUCGGAUGAGUGCCACGAGUCGCGUUGCACUGCAAGAAGCAGGGUGGCAAAAGGUAGAUGUAACAGUAACGGUGCGUAGGUGGUUUAGUCAGGCUCAAGCUGAACCGCUGCGUCUCCUUGUUGAUUGCUCCGGGUGCCGUGGACGUGCACAUGUACACAGUUUUGGGUCGAGGAGGCGCACCAUUGAUCCCCAUAGGCCAUUUUUGGUACUCCACACGGAUCCAAAUACAAUGAAGCGCGUCCGGAGACGUGCACUAGACUGCAGUGGUGCCGUACGUGGGCAAUGCUGCAAGCAGAGAUUCUACGUUAGCUUCAAGGCCCUAGGCUGGGACGACUGGAUAAUAGCGCCGCAUGGGUAUUUUGCAAACUACUGCCGCGGUGACUGUGGUGGCCCCCAUCGGACACCAGAUACAUUCCUCACCUACUACACCCACAUCAUCGAUGAGUUCAGGAAGAUGAACAAGCUGACGGGAAUGCAGCCAUGCUGUGCCCCACUCAAAUUCUCAAGCAUGUCCCUCAUCUACUUCGGUCCAGACCAUAAGAUCAUCAAAAGGGACCUCCCGAAGAUGGUUGUGGAUGAAUGUGGGUGCCCCUGAGCGGCUUGUACCCUCAUACCAUCCUGGACACGCUCGUCUAGCAGACACUCCGUCCCUGUCCGCUUUUCUUUAACAAAAAAAGCGCCCGACAGACACACACACAGGUGGUUUGUACCGCCCCCCAAAAACAAACAAAAAAAAUUCUCUGUAAAAAGCGACAUUAGGUUCGAAAAUGAAGAUGAUUAAAAUGAAAAGAAGAAAUGAAGAAAUGUGAGGUAAGGGGAGCUGUUUAGACGGUGACAAUGUGACUCAGUAAUUACGUAGGCGAAAAACUGUACAGUUAUCUAUUUAAAAAUGAAAUAAAAACUAAAAGAAAAUCCAAUAUAAGAAUAGGACGCCAGAGAACGUUUUCUCAUCGCUGUGACCGCGGACAGUGGAUUCCUUUUUUUUCUGCAAGAGAAAAAUCCAUUUUCCGCGGUCUCAAGUCGCGUGCAUGCCCCCCUAAAUCCCUAGAAAGAAAAAAGAAAAAGAAUAAAUAAAAAAUCGCCCCAAUGCGUCCAUGUUAAUUGACCCGCAGACUUAAGAAAAAAAAAGAUAAGCUUAUAAAACGAGGACAAUAAAUUCUAUUGAGAAUACUGCAGGACUCUUUUGACAACACUUGUCAAACAAAUGUUAAAGUUACGUCAAAGAAGUGCUGUCAAAAAAAAAUUAGGAAUUACAUUUAAGUGUGAUAGGCAUCUUAGAAAAUUUAUAACAAUGAGAAAAUAUGUAACAAGUUGCUAGAAUUUUUUAAUUCAUCGGAUAAGUCCACAGUUUGUUUAUCAAAAAAAUUUAGGAAAUAAUGCAAAAGAAAAUUAUAGACAAAGCUAAGGAUUAUGAAAUUUAAAAAAAAUGAAAUUUUGGCGCUAGAAUGUCAAUUUGACGAGUUAAAAAAGAAAUUUUAAAGUUAUGUCAAUUUUCUUCAAUUCUUUUGCAAGUUUUUAAAAGUUUUUUGUUAUAAAAUUUAGUUUAUUUUUUUUUUUUAGAAACUUUCAGGCCUAAAAUGGUGCUUUUUCGGGAGAUUUAUUGAAAUUCUUUUAAUAAUCAUUGAAGCUUUUGGCAAAAUAUGUCAAAAGUUUAAAAUUCUUUUUAACUGACUUUAAAAAAAAGUGAUAGGUCCUAAUUGAGAUUAGGCUGUGCUUGCUUGCUCAAGUGUCUUAAAAGAAAAAAAAAUGUUAAAAUGUUUAGUUUUGGCUUUAAAAGAUGGGAAAAAAGUCGCCCUAUUUGCCUUUCUGCGGGCCGCAAAUUAAAGAAAUUAAUAAAUAAAAGAAAAAAAAGUGUUAAUGGGGGGGACAGAACGGGGCACAACGUUUGACUUGUCGCUCCUUUGAGCAAAUCCCGAGACUCGUUUUAUCCUGGGACCACAGAGUGCGCACGAAUAUUCCUCCCUCAUCCGUUAGUCCGCCAUUCCUGCGCGCCAAAAGAUGUAAACAAAUGAGCCCUGGACGCGGCUAGGGAAUUCCCUAAGCGCUAGGGCCAUGGCCAUUUGGUGCUGAACCUAGCGCGGUGGGAUAUUCCAAAAUCACCCGAAACUUACACUUAAAAAAAAACUUUCAUUAAACACACUCACUAACUUAACACUAAUAAAUAUAUUUUUAUUAAUCAACUUUUCCUACUUCUCUAGAACAAAAAGACAAAAAAAAAAUGACAAAAUAAUGCGCAACUUUUUCAAAAACACCAAAAGAAAGAAAAAAAAACUCUAAUACAAUCCUAUUGCAUAGUUUUUUGGACACACACACAAAUAUAUCUCCCUCUCAGAAAACUAGACAAAAAACAAUCUUUAAAACUAAAUACAAAAAAAUUCUCUAUCUCUUAUCCUAUCUUUCUUCUCAAAAUGCAAAAAAAAACUAAGCCCGCCCCCGCCGGAGGAUAUUGCUGUGCCAAUUAUAUUGUGUACUAAUGAAAAAAAAAUUCUCUUGUGACAAUGAGAAUUAAAGGAAAAUUGCUCUAGCAGACCUUAAAGACAUUUAAAAGGGGGAAAAAAGAUUUUAAAGCAUUGACAUUACUUAGAUUUGAACCAAUGGUGUAUGAUUACCUGCAUUCAUGACACUACCACUUUGAUAAUUUUUUCUAUAGUUUACUAAAGAAAGAUUUGAUAUAUUAGGUUGUAUUCAGCAACCGAUUAACCAAUUUUAUUACAUAAAAUUGAAUUUAAUUUUUGUAUUUUGAUUUUCUCUGAAGGAAAAGCUUUAAAAGACUUAAAAAUUCAAACGAAUAAUAAAUCAAUUAUCUCCCUAAAUGAAUGCAAAAUGUCUGUUAGGGAAAUUUAAAGAGAAAAUUGCUGAAUUAAACAAAACAAAUAAAUUCUGAAAGACUUGUCUUAUUGAGGAUUAAAGAAAACAAUAAUAAUCUAAUCUAAUCCUUAAAAGUCAGUCUUCUAAAUCAGCUAUGCAAUAUAACUGUCGCAACGAAAGAAGCGCGAAAAACAAAAAAAAAAAGAAAAUUUUGCAAAAUAACGACAUUAUUUACAAAUGAAAACCGGCACUUAGCUUUAAAAAAAAACUACUUUCUACUCCCCAAAUUCUGGGCUCAAAAUGGCUGCCCAACAUGGAAAAGGAAGAAAAAAAGCGUUUAUUGUGAAGUUGUAGUGUUUAAGGCACUGCAAGGCAAAGGCUAGGAAUUUUCCUUUAGAGACUAAGAAUCCAACGUGAGGACUCAAAGAAAAAAUAAUAAUAAAUAAUUAAAUCUGAGAGAUUGUAGAGGCAACACGAAAGAGCAAUAAAAUGAAGAAGUUUAAAGAAGAAAAAACUGAAAAAAUAGCCGAUAAGAGCAAAGAAAUGAACCCAGUAUACAUAAAUAAGAAACCCUAUAUAUUAUAUAAACAAAAAAAAAAUAAAGAAAAAAUAUAAAAAACAAAAUGAAUAAAAAAUGAGAAAAAAUACAAAAAAUUAUAUACAACUUAUACCCUAAUUAAACUAUAUACAUUGCAUUAAAUAUACAAUUAAAAAAAAAAGAAAAUGAGAAAGAAAAAACAAAAAGGGAGACACGAGAAAUCAAAUUAAUGAAAAAAAAUUGAAAUAAGCGCGAUAGACAUUAGAUAAAAAAAGAGGAUGAAACGAGAGACAGAGAGCGACUAACAAGGAGUCCCUGAAAGGUUUUUUGAAAUAAAAUUGUUUUGAAAAAAAAAUCAAGAAACUAAACAAUGAAAAUUAAAACAUUUAAAUAAAUAAAUUGGAUGAAAAUUUGAAUUAAUUGGAAAUUAAAAUGGGCCAGAAAAUAAUCUUUCAGUGUCUCCAGAUGAGACAAUAAACAAAAAGAGAGAAAAAAAGAGAAAAUAAAACACGCGAAUCAAUGGGAAAAGUGCUGACAUCAACUGACAUUUUUCUUGUAAUAAUUGUAAAACGUUUCUCGAAAAAUAACAAUUUUAUGAAGUUCAAAA